CCUUCAAAACUUUGUUUGAAAAUGAGCAAAUAGUUGUAGAAACUCCCUCGUGCCUCGUGGUGGUCUCUACAAGUAGUCUACUACUAGUGUAAGCACAGUCCAGCAGUAUUCUUGCGUUUUGUCUUGAACUGGAACAGAGACUGAGAGAGAAAGAGUCGAUUUACUAGUAGUUCAAUGAUCUGAGUCUAGUCCGAAAUCAGUAGAAUGCGCCAACGUGGAAUUGCUAGUGGGAAGGGAUCGCCACAGGCUAGAGGCAGCCGUGGUCAGAAAAAGUUGAUAGCGAAAGGUGAUCAUCAAUAUGGAAAGGAUAAUUUCUUCCUAUCAUGUGGCCUUCCAUCCCGGCUAUGGCUUCUGCUUGCUGUAGCACUGUAUGUUCUAACUCCUCUGUGUAUAUCCUACUCGUCAAAUGCCCAACGUGCAUUAACCUAUUUAAAUUAUGCUGCCCCACCGUUCUCCAAUCUCUCUGACAUCUCAUCCUACUUGGGACCUGACCACUCAGGGCGUGCAUUCUUUGUGAAUGCCAGUCAAUCUGGUCAGAUUGGAACCUGGCAUGUCUACCCCAAGGGUGAGGAAGUGCCAUCUCUAAGUAACGGUAAACCUGUUGUUGUCUACUUCCAUGGAAAUGCAGGAAAUCGUGGUCUUCGUCAUCGUGUUGGCCUGUACAAGCUGCUGGCCAAUCUUGACUAUCAUAUUAUUGCCGUCGACUACAGAGGGUUUGGUGAUUCCUCAGCUAUUUGGCCCACCAAUGAGACUGUUGUUUCUGAUGCCUUUGAUGUGUAUCAAUGGGUUCGCCAACAAGCAACUGGGCCCAUUUUCACCUGGGGCCACUCAUUGGGAACUGGGGUGUCUGUUCAGGCAGCAUCACGACUUUGUGCUCAAGGUACCUGCCCACAAGGUGUUGUUCUUGAGUCAGCCUUCAUGUCUAUCGAAAGUGCUGCCACGACACACCCUCUCGGCCGGCCAUGGUCUUGGAUACUGAGGUUCUAUCCUUCCAUAGCCGACCUAUUCUUCCAACAGUGGACUGAGCAACUCAACUCCCUUGCUACAAUCACUUCAGUCAACAGUCCUCUGUUGCUGGUACACUCCAAGGACGAUUUCUACAUCAGCUACAAGGAGAGCGAACGCCUUGCAUCGCAUGCACAAGAGCACCGCAGUGACCGCAGUACAGUGGAACUGCACCUGCUUGAAGGCCAUGGCCAUAAUCGAAUUGUGUAUGCUGAGUCACUGCCAGCGCUUGUCCAGAACUUUGUCACGACCCGCGGCAAGCCACCGAAGUGAAGACUGGGCACCUACUUGAUCUGAUCACUGCUGAGUACUGAGUUUCACGUGUUGUCUUGCACUCGAUGAGCUUCAAAUUGCAUGCCUUACAUUGCUUUGGACUUGAGCCACUUGACUUGGCUACUUGGUUUAAUUGUCGCCCGCGCUCAGUCAAAACACUGAGUUCCUUUUUGGUUUAUUUACUUUAGUCAUGUGAAAUUAUACGGUUUUGUAGGAAGUAUUAUAUUUUCGCUGUUAUGAUCAAGAUGCCAGCCAUGACCAUGGGCUUUCCCUUGUUUUGUAAUGACUAAUGACCAUAGUUUAUCCCGAAGCAUACUGUGCUUUGUGACAUAAACCCUGUAGAAUGUUUUUUUUUUAAUCUCCUGGGGAGAGUAUUAAAUUUAUAUAUUUGAUUGCCUGUGGUUAUAGCUCUAGAACUCCAUCAUUAGUGUCAUCUAACAACCCGUUUCGAAACCCAUCCAUUCUCCUUCGAUAACACACACACACACACACACACACACACACACACACACACACACACACACACACACACACACACACACACACACAGAGUCUAUGGACUGAAUAUGAAACAACAUUUGUUUCAGAUAUCUGAAAUAAUUAAUUGAUAACUUCCUCAAUUCCACAAACACACACACACACACACACACACACAGAGUCUAUGGACUGAAUAUGAAACAACAUUUGUUUCAGAUAUCUGAAAUAAUUAAUUGAUAACUUCCUCAA